UUUUACAACUGUAGCACUGAGUUCAAAAUGUAAACAAAGCGUUUGUUUACAUUACGGACUUUACAUCACCUUUAAAUGGUACAAAUAUUUACAGGCGUAUCUGUCAGGUUGCGAGGUCCAUCAAGUUCCAACGGUACAGGUCGAGUGGAAGUACUCUACAGUGGACGAUGGGGAACAGUAUGUGAUGAUGGUUGGGGUAUAAAUGAUGCAAAAGUUGUAUGCCGUCAACUUGGAUAUAAAUACACUCUCAGAGCUCUUCAAGGUAGAUAUGUUCCUGACGGAACUGGCCAGAUAUGGUUGGAUGAUGUUUCUUGUACUGGACGUGAACAAAAUUUAAUCGGUUGUUCGCACAGAGGAUGGGGAAGUCAUAAUUGCGGCCAUUCUGAGGACGCAGGAGUAGAAUGUUCUUCAGGUAAAAUUGUAAUAUUAUUUUUAACCACUCACAUGAAACUAUGACAACCACAUUGUGUGACAGCACCGUCUUCUUGACUAGUAAAAUUGUCUGGCAUUGGACAGAGCAAAAUAAUAAAGUUGGUCGUCUCAUGGCUCAUUGCCACUUAAAGUGUUUUAAAAUUAACUCUGUUCUUGCGAAGCCUGAUUACAAGUUUAUAACAAGAUACAUUGGCAGAAUUCACCCUUUGGGUAACACCACUCUCACCUUUACGACAAAAAUCGUCUGCUGUGAAACAGAGCAAUAUACCAAAGUCGUAUUUUGCCUCAGGGCCCAUUUCCACUUAAAAAGUUAAAUCAUGCACGAGCAUGACACCAGUUUUCUUCAGGAAAUCAACCCAACAAGAAGCACAUUGUGGUUCUCCAUUGGGGAAUAAAUUAUUUCCCUUUCAUUAUUCCCCAUUCCACCUGUUCUUUAUUUAAAUUGGCAUUUAAUGUUUACAGGUGUGCCUGUCAGGUUACAAGGACCAUCGAGUUCCAAUGGUACUGGUCGUGUGGAGGUAUUCUACAAUGGACGAUGGGGAACAAUCUGUGACAAUUAUUGGGAUAUAAAUGAUGCUAGGGUUGUAUGUCGUCAACUUGGCUAUCAAUAUACUGUUAGAGCUCUUCGAGGGAACCAAGUUCCUGACGGAACUGGACAGAUAUGGUUAAGUUCUGUCAGAUGUACUGGAAGUGAAGAAAAUUUGAUCAGUUGUUCUCAUAGCGGAUGGGGAAAUCAUUAUUGCGGGCAUCAUCAGGACGCAGGUGUAGAAUGUUCUGCAACAGGUAGAAUUUUAACAAACAUAUAUAUUUUCUUUAUUAAAAUCUUUUGUGAAAUUAACUUUGAAACAAAUGAUAGCGAUAGGGGAUCUAAACUGAUCCCCUUCAAACACAGGGGAUCAGUGGUAGGAAUCCAUAUGCGUGAUAAUCAUGGAGAGAGCUCAACAAGGAUUGAAAACUGCUUUUCGAUUCUGCGCAAGUGUCGAGCGAAGUACGAGUGCCUUCUCUACGAGAUGCUUUACAUUUGAACUGAAACCAUCUUUGAACACUCAGUCCGACUCGAUACGUUCUAAGCUUUUUGCUUAAUAUUAAUUUGUUAAUCUUGUUUGUUGUGUUUGUCUUAUGUGUAAAUAGUUAAAUGUUUUUAUUGUUUGUUUUUAAUAUUUUAGUAUUUUUUGUCUUGCGCAUUUAGUAAAAAUUCUGCAUGCUUGCGCAAUUAUUUGUUUACGUGACACGAACACGCGGACCGUUAUAAUUAAAGCAAAACACGAACAAUUCUUAUUUUUAACUUGAAAAUGAUGCAAGAAGCAUCGAAACGUCGUUGUAAUAAAAUAAAAUUAAUAUCGCUAUCAUUUGUUUCAAAGUUAAUACAUAUUUUCAACAUUUUAAAAGGAGAACAGUGAUGCUAAUUGUGUCUCACAUGCAGAGCGAAGAAUCGGAAAUUUUGCUGUUAUUCAUGACCCAAAACCUCUCUAGCUAGCCUGAAUAAACCCCUUUUUAAAAUUUUUAAACCCCUUUUACGACUCGACCCAAUGGUUAUUAAAGAAUCAUCUUGCGAUAAACAUGGGGCAAAAUUAUGUGUGUAAUUUUCGAAAAUGUUUCAAUGCAGUGUUUCUAUGUAAUGGAUAAUAAUAGAUAAUAAUAUGUAUGAUUAUUCAAUAUAGAUGUGGACGAAUGCGCCCGAGGAUUGGACAACUGUGGAAGCAAUUCUCAAUGUAUUAACACUGAAGGGAGUUUUUUGUGCAUAUGUAACCAUGGUUAUACUGGAAAUGGAGUAUACUGCUAUGGUGAGUAG